GUUUCAUUGCUUAUUAGGAUGAGAUAUUAAAAAAUUCAGCAACUAUCUAAAAUUUUGCUAUAUAUGUGUGCAUUAUUUAAACCAAUAAGCAUCAUCUAUCACUUAUCACCUAAAAGAAGAAAGAAAAAUCUCCAAAUGAGGACCGAAAAGCUUUUCUUCUGCAUCUUGCUCGUCUUCUUCUUCUGUUUGGAAUUCAACAGAGGACAGAACAACGGCAAAACCCUAGUCGAUGUCGGUGUUGUAACAGAUGUCGAUACUUCACACUCGAAGGUUGUCAUGCUCUGCAUCAACAUGUCUAUUAGUGAUUUCUACUCUUCCAAUCCCCAGUUUGAGACAAGGCUUGUUGUCAACGUAGGUGACUCCAAAAGUGACGUUGUAGGUGCCGCGAUUGCAGCUCUUGACCUGAUAAAGAACAAACAAGUGAAGGCUAUUUUGGGGCCAUGGACAUCUAUGCAAGCUCACUUCCUGAUCGAGAUUGGCCAAAAGUCCCGGGUUCCUAUUGUUUCCUAUUCUGCAACAAGCCCAAUUCUUACUUCCCUUCGUAGUCCAUACUUCUUACGUGCUACGUACGAAGACUCCUUUCAAGUUCAACCAAUAAAAGCCAUCAUCAAAUUGUUCGGAUGGAGAGAAGUUGUGCCAGUUUACAUUGACAACACCUUUGGUGAAGGUAUAAUGCCUCGUCUUACCGAUGCUUUACAAGAUAUUAAUGUCCGGAUACCUUAUAGAUCCGUUAUCGCUAUCAAUGCCACUGAUCAUGAAAUCUCCGUGGAGCUUCUUAAGAUGAUGAACAUGCCCACAAGAGUGUUCCUUGUCCACAUGUACUAUGAUCUUGCCUCAAGAUUCUUCAUUAAAGCAAAAGAGCUUGGUUUGAUGGAACCAGGAUAUGUCUGGAUCCUUACCAAUGGAGUUAUCGAUGACUUAAGUUUGAUAAAUGAGACGGCUGUUGAGGCUAUGGAGGGGGUAUUGGGUAUUAAAACUUAUAUUCCAAAAUCCCCAGAUCUUGAGAAGUUUAGAUCUCGAUGGAGAAGUUUAUUCCCACGGGUGGAGCUGAGUGUCUAUGGUCUGUGGGCUUAUGAUGCUACCACCGCACUAGCGGUAGCCAUUGAAGAAGCUGGAACAAAUAACAUGACUUUCAGUAAAGUGGUGGAUACAGGGAGGAAUGUUUCUGAACUUGAAGCUCUUGGUUUAUCUCAGUUCGGUCCAAAGCUUCUCCAAACACUCUUAACAGUUCAGUUCAGAGGACUUGCAGGAGAGUUUCGUUUUUUCCGCGGGCAACUGCAACCAUCGGUGUUUGAGAUUGUCAAUAUAAUCAAUACCGGAGAAAAAUCAAUAGGAUUUUGGAAGGAGGGAAAUGGUCUUGUGAAGAAACUUGAUCAGCAAGCAAGUAGCAUAAGCGCUUUAUCUACUUGGAAAGAUCAUCUUAAACACAUUGUAUGGCCUGGAGAGGCGGAUUCUGUUCCGAAAGGAUGGCAGAUCCCGACUAAGGGGAAGAAGUUGCGUAUUGGAGUUCCCAAAAGAACCGGCUACACUGAUCUUGUGAAAGUCACAAGGGAUCCUAUUACCAAUUCAACUGUAGUCACAGGUUUUUGCAUAGAUUUCUUUGAGGCUGUGAUUCGAGAACUGCCUUAUGACGUCUCAUAUGAGUUCAUACCUUUCGAAAAACCCGACGGAAAAACAGCCGGUAAUUACAACGACUUGGUCUACCAAGUGUACCUCGGGAGAUAUGAUGCGGUUGUGGGAGAUACAACCAUAUUGGUGAACAGGUCUUCUUACGUCGACUUCACAUUCCCAUUUAUUAAAUCAGGUGUCGGAUUGAUCGUUGAAAUGACAGACCCAGUAAAGAGAGACUAUAUACUUUUCAUGAAACCUUUGUCAUGGAAACUAUGGUUGACUUCCUUUAUCUCUUUCUUCCUUGUCGGUUGUACUGUAUGGGUUCUCGAAUAUAAGCGUAAUCCGGACUUUAGUGGACCGCCUAGAUUCCAAGCUAGUACCAUCUGUUGGUUUGCCUUCUCUACCAUGGUUUUUGCUCCAAGAGAAAGAGUAUUUAGCUUUUGGGCGAGGGCCCUGGUUAUCGCAUGGUACUUUCUCGUUCUCGUGUUAACCCAGAGUUACACAGCGAGUUUGGCAUCGCUUUUGACAUCACAGAAAUUAAAUCCAACAAUAACCAGCAUGAGUAGUUUGCUUGAAAAAGGAGAAACAGUGGGUUAUCAGCGAACAUCCUUCAUCCUUGGAAAGCUUAAAGAAAGAGGUUUCCCGCAAUCUAGCCUUGUGCCCUUUGAUACUGCAGAAGAAUGUGAUGAGCUUCUAAGUAAAGGACCAAAAAAAGGUGGUGUCUCUGGAGCUUUCUUGGAAAUACCUUACUUGAGACUCUUUCUUGGACAGUUUUGCAACACAUACAAAAUGGUUGAAGAACCCUUCAAUGUUGAUGGAUUCGGCUUUGUAAGUUCCUAUAUCAAAACUUAUGUGAAAAUUGCAUUAAAUGGUGAGAGAUCAUAAGUCCUUUUUCGCAGGUUUUUCCAAUCGGAUCACCUCUAGUGGCCGAUGUUUCAAGGGCCAUCUUAAAAGUAGCAGAGUCUCCAAAGGCAAUGGAGCUCGAGCGUGCAUGGUUCAAGAAGAAAGAACAAAGCUGUCCUGAUCCAAUUACUAAUCCAGAUCCAAAUCCCUCUUUCACCUCUAGGCAGCUUGACAUAGACAGUUUCUUGUUUCUGUUUGUUGGCGUGUUACUUGUGUGUGUUAUGGCACUCGGAAAUUUCACAUAUUGUUUCCUAGCGAAAGACCAGGUUUCGUACCUCGAUAAGGUAGAGAUGAGUCCGUGUUCAUCAAGUCAACAAAUGCCUGUCAAGAGGAAGACACAAUUAAAUAUGUCUCAAGUUCAUGACCAAGACAGUCUUUAAUUUAACAAAAAAACAUAUGCUAUUAUUAUACCAAACUAUUGUACUUUUUUUUUCUUUUGAAUGAAGAAUUGUACUUUAUUUUGUAAAUAAGGAUUUUCAG